GUCUUCAUCACUGGCGGACGACACGCACACACUCGUACGGUCUACCCGCCACUCCACUGCCCAGUCCCCACGGUUUUUACAAUCGAGAGCUAGGACCUGGACCGGCCGGAGGGGCGCAAUGAAGGCCGUCACCGGCCACCACUACCAGGGCUACCACCCACCGUCGCCGACGCCGGCGACCAAGAUCUCCAUUCCUGUCUCCCCCGGUGGGGGCACGGAGGCGGCGCUGCUCGGGAAGGGGCGGUACAAGGCGUGGGCCCUCGCCGCCAUCGCCCUACUCGCACUCUGGUCCAUGUUCGCCGCCUCCGUCACCCUUCGCUGGUCCUCCGGCGACCUCGCCGCCGCCUCCCAGGACGUGAGCGAUCCCCUCUUCGACGACCUAGACCCGCUCGAGAUGGAGGAAAGGGAGAAACUAGUGCGCCGGAUGUGGGACCUGUACACACGCACUGGUGAUCAUGUAUGGCUUCCGCGGUUCUGGCAAGAAGCGUUUGAGGCUGCAUAUGAGGAGCUUGCUGGUGAUGAUACGCCUGCAAGUGACGCAGCUGUAUCUGAGAUUGCCCGCAUGUCAGUACACAGGCCUGAGCUUGAGCAGUCACGGAAUAAUAAUUAGUCUGCAACUUCUCAACUUUGACAAUGGAUUCAAUGGUGGAUGAAGUUUAGGAGGACCCUAUGACAAAGUUGUGCCAAUAAUUGUGUAUUUAUGGGGUGCUAGGCUAGGUGCAAUGUGACAAAUUUCAUAAAAUGUUAUGCGAAAUAUUUGGAAGGAUUGGAACCGCGGCGUCUUCAAGGAAACUAGGCAAACCUAACGUGAGGUGGCCGAUGAAGUUUGGGUUGCAUGCCCGUCUCUGCAACACCUGUAGGCUGUAGUGCUUUCUUUUGGCGACUACUUGGCAUGCCACCUAGUGUACCAAUCCACACUGUAAAUUGUACCCUAUUCUAGCUGAGGACCGCUGUCCUGCCAAUUUCUCGAAAAAAUGUAUCUCACUAAAUAAAUCGAAGCACCAUCCAGUGUCUCUUCUAGUUAUCAGCAGUUCUGACAA